AUGUGGUAUUGGGUCGCUGUGUACGAGCUAGAUGCGCGGCCCGGUGCCUUGACGGUCAUAAUAAGCGGCGACCAGUUUGGCCGCAGUCUCGCUGUCAUGCUGGGAGAGCUGAUCAUUAUCAUCGGUGCCGUUCUCCAAGCAUCAUCUUUUGAGCUGGCCCAGCUGAUCGUGGGUCGUAUCAUCGCUAGCUUCGGCAAUGACAUGGCAGCUGUACUGCCAACUUGGAAUGGAGAAUGCUCUCGCGCCAAGAGUAGAGGUCGAGCUGUCAUGUGGCAGCUCAACAUAAACCUUUUCGGGAUUACCUUGGCAUAUUGGGUUGGCUACGGCCUCGCGGCCUCGCCUGUCACUGGUGAGAAUGACUGGACCUGGAGGCUGCCACUGGGGCUGCAAUCUGCAUUUUCGGUUAACAAUCAUUCUUGCACUAUUCCUUCCCGCAACAAAUAUGCUGACCAGCCUGUGCUGCUCCAGCGCACCGUCUUGUCUAUGAUCGAGAAGACACUGCAGGAAGAUUUGGAGACCGAUUCCCGGUGGUUAGCAAUCUUCACCCAGGGCAAGCCCCGUUUCUUCCAGCACGUGUCAGGGUAUAGUUUUGACAACUUGUCUGACCACGCUUCCGAGAUCGGGCCGAUUAUCUUCCAGAAUACCCUGGAAUUAUCUCUCCAGAUGAGUCUGCUCAUCUCCGGCUUCGUCGGACUCGAAUUCUGGAUUCGCAAGUUUCAUUCUGAUUCCGCUCAUCGACAGACUCGGGCGUUGGCGUCUGCUGCUUUCCGGGCCGGUCAGGCAGUGUAUCAGCAUAAUCGUCAUCGCCGUCACGGUCGCAUAUCCGGAAGACAAGAUGUGCGGCUUCGUAUCGAUAGUUUUCAUCUUGUGCGUGACCCUAGUCUGGGGAAUUUUGCUCUUUCUGACCUUCUCAGCAUUUUUAAUACCGUCUAUGCGAUCGGUACCAACGGUCUUGCGUUUCUGUUGCCUGUCGAAUUGACACCUUUGCAGACGCGCGGCAAGUCCGUCGCUAUAUCCACUGGUUUCUUCUGGCUUUGCAACUUUUUUGUAGUCAUGAUCUCUCCAGUGCUCAUCUCGCGCAUCAAGUAUGGCACCUACAUCCUGUGGGCAUGCACGAUCCUAUGCUUCAUCCCGAUGAUAUACUUCCUUGUCCCGGAAACCUACAACGCCGCUCUCGAGGACACUGAUGUCUUGUUCGAAACGAAUGCGACGUGGUUAAUUGGUCCGCUAUCGAGAAAGACGCUGGCGGAAAUCAUGAACGAUCGAGUUGCGCGCGGGGAUGCUGAUGUGCCGGAAGCGAAGGCCGGCGCCAGCGCGGUCGAAAUGGUCGAGGAUGCAGCGUCGCCGGAGGUCGCUGCAACGGCCGACAUGCCCCGAACGCACUAA